UUUUCGGCGCAGCAUCACAGGAAUUCCUCGGCAUGAUCAUCGACAGCACGGGCCUGUACCCUGCUCCGUCUAAGCUAGAUGCAAUCGCACGCAUGCCUCGCCCACACACCGUAGAAGCGCUGCGCACGUUUUUGGGUCUUGCCGGCUGCGUGCGUCAGUUUUUACCCAACUUCAGUUUGACUGCCGCUCCGCUCACCAACAUCCUGCGCAACAAAGCCUUCGCUUCGAAACGUGCACGCAAGCUUCCUAUCCCUUGGCCAGCAGCUGAGGAAGACGCCUUCCAGUCUUUACGAGAAACGUUGGCUUCCCCGAAUAUUCUCGCUUUCCCUGACCUGUUCGAACUACACACAGAUGCUAGCACGCUGGGUGUAGGAGCUUCGCUCAUGCAGACAAUCGAUGGUGUCACCAGAGCGGUGGCGUUCGCGAGCCACCGGUUUUCACAAAUCGAUGCUAGACGCGGGCCCACGGAACGAGAAUGCAUGGGGGUCCUGUGGGCGGUAGACCACUUCCGGCCGUACCUAGCGGGUAGACGGUUCAAGCUGGUGACAGACUGUUCCGCCCUCACAUGGUUGUUCUGAAGCCGUGAACUCUGCCCCAAGCUGCACAGGUGGGCGCUGCGGCUGAUGGAGUACGACAUGGAGCUGGAAUGGAAGGCGGGAGUAGAGCGCGUAGUGCCCAAUGCUUUGUCC